CUGCGUUGCGCAGCGCGAACUGCCGCGCAGUACACCACCAUCAUCUAUUUCAGACAGACCCCUCUCGCGCUGCAUCCCUCACUCUACUUUAUUCUAUCACCAUGUCAGGCGACGCGACCUCCCAGAAGCCUCCAGCUACGCAUGAUACCCAGGCAACGACCGUAGAUACCGCUCACAAUCCGAGUGCCAACAUUCUUGAGGAGGAAGAGACUCCCGCGCUGCCGCCUCGCCUCGAUUCAUGGACGGAAGAGUCGGUACCAGCGUCGGCCGAGCAUGGUCCUGAAGCACCCACGGAGACGGAGAACGAGCACCCACAAGUCGCGUUGCUGCGUGCGAUGUUCCCGGACUUCGAUGCCGUUAUCCUUCAGUCGGUGCUCGAGUCCGUCGACUACGAUCAGGACCGCGCGAUCGAUGUACUGCUGGGGAUGAGCGAUCCGAACUACGUAUCGUCUGCAACCCAAGAACAACCUCAAGAGCACGAUCUCGCACUCGAUGAACAACUUGCUCGGCAACUCGCUCUGGAGGACCAGCAGCAGCCGCGACACGCAUCAGGCCAAUCUUGGCCUCGGAGGGACGACGUGCCUUACCAGGCAAGGCAACAGGCCCCACACGGCGUGCAGCAGCAGCAGCAGCAGUAUGUAACGGGGAGCGAACGUGGUGACUUCCAGGAGUUCCAGGAAACGCUUGGUCGGAUGGCUGAGAGCGGAAAACGAACUUUCAGCUCGAUCGUCACGAAAGCAAAAGCGAAGAUUACGGAGUUGAACGAGCAAUACAACCAGAAGUCGGGCCAGCCUUCAACGAACCAGCCCUAUCAAAGGGGUCCUGUUUCACCUUCAAACGUCGACCGACACACCGCUUCGGAGGCUGUCACCCAGCAAUACUACGGCUCUGGCUACCCCAAUACCCCGAGCGACGUGCAGGCGCCGCCAAUCGCGCUGAACAGCCAGCAGUACCUUCCGAGCCCUGACAUCCGGGGUUAUGACCUCGGCUCCGGCUCAUCUCCACCAUCCACUCCGCCGCCGACAGGCAGGAAAUCUAUGUCCUCGCCCCGUCCCUCAGGCGAGGUCCCCCGGCCGCCGCCGACUUCUGGCGGGAGCCCUAUCGACGCAGCGAAACUCGGACUGCUUCCGAAACGCCCCGUGUCGCUCCUGAUGCCGCAAUCGACCUCAGGCACGGGCGCGGGGGCGAUGCAACGCCAGCAGAGUGAGGACGAGCUCGAGUAUGUGGAGAACCCAUUUGAGGAGGGCGAGGGGAAGCGUUAGCGCUGAGGCUCUCCGACGACGCGGGAACACAGGAGUAUUUAUGGGUAAUUUGAGAUGGAUGGACUGAAGUGUACGCGUGUCUUGAGUAUGUGGGUGGUGUUUGUAUGGCUGCUGUAGUCGGUGCUACUGAAUGUAUACCACAGACGAUGUGACUUGAAUACUUGGGUGAAGUUUGUCAGGAC